UCAGCAGGUAAGGACGCGGCUGAGGAGCCGCGGGGCGAAGGCCACUACUCGGCGCCGCGCGCCACCCGGACUCUCACUCCUGAAUCUACUCUGGGAGGCGGCGGCCGCUCUGCAGACCUGGUGUCAGUGACCGUCGAAUCCCCGACUUAUACAGGUCACCAUGAAGGCCGAGAAAUUCACUCUGGUGCGCCACUUUGAUGGCUUCCCCAAGACGACCGACUUCAAGCUGGAGUCGGAGGAGCUCCCGCCGCUGAAGGACGGCGAGGUCCUCUGCGAGGCAGAGUUCCUCAGUGUCGACCCCUACAUGCGGGGCUACGUGAGGAGCAUGACUCCGCCAGUUACCAUGAUCGGAAGCCAGAUCGCCAAGGUCAUCGACAGUAAGAACAAAGAGUUCCCGAAAGGCUCCUACGUGUUCGGACAGAUGGGCUGGCGAUCGCUGAGCGUUGUCGAUCUGGGCACUAAAUCGUUUGACAAGAACGCUCCCGAAUCGUUCCGCCGCAGCAAGGUUGCAAUUCUGGAGCUUCUGCCCGACCUGGGCGAUCUGCCACGCUCCUACGGCCUGGGUGUGUGCGGCAUGCCGGGAACCACCGCCUACUUCGGCUUCCUGGAGCUGUGCCAGCCCAAGGAGGGCGAGACGGUGGUGGUGACGGGCGCGGCCGGCGCCGUCGGCAGCCUGGUCGGACAGAUCGCCAAGAUCAAGGGAUGUCGCGUCAUCGGCUUCGCCGGAACCGACGACAAGUGCGCGUGGCUUCGUCAGAUCGGCUUCGAUGUUGCCAUCAACUAUAAGACGUGCGCCGACAUCGACGCUGCUCUGAAGGAGGCUGCACCCAAGGGGAUCGACUGUUACUUCGACAACGUGGGCGGCAUGCUCAGCCACCGCAUUCGGCAGCAGAUGAACCUGUUUGGGCGCAUUUCCGUAUGCGGUUCCAUCUCCAGCUACAACAACAAGACGGGUGAGGUUUCUCAGGUGCCUGUGCCGGAGUCGACAACAGUCUCCAAGCAGCUCAGGAUUGAGGGCUUCAAUGUCACUCGUUGGUGGCACCGAAAGAAUGAAGCGAUCAUGCAGAUGGCCACCUGGGUUCGUGAAGGGAAGAUCAAGGUGCAGGAGCAUGUCACCCAGGGAUUCCACAAGAUGCCACAGGCCUUCAUCGGCAUGCUGAAGGGAGAUAACACCGGCAAGGCAAUCGUCAAGGCUUGAGUAAACAUCCAUAUCGAAGCCGGCAAAUGAGAAUACUCUGCGUUGUGAAAUACAAAAGCAUACGAUAGGUGUGCUUCAAUUUGAGAUGCGAGGCAUUUCACCAUCCUCAUCAGUCAUGCAUGCAGUUAUGCGUCAAAGGACAAUAGUGGUGCUGAAAUCUGGGCACAAUUUGUGUCAGGUAUUGUGAACAAACCUAUAAAAUAUAUGCACUGGUACAAAUA